ACUUGGGCACGCAACUCCGCCGAUCUCCGCCCACCCCCAAUCCCCACUCCCCCUACCCCGCCCCGCCUCGCCGGAACCCUAGCCCCCGCCCCGCCCCGCCCCCUCCCUCCGCCUGAUCCCCCGAUCGCCGGGCGCGAUGGACUCCGACGUCGAGAUGAACGCCGCCAGCGACGAGGAGGCGAUGGACGACGAGGACUACUACGACUACGACUACUGCUACAGCGACGCGGGCGACGACCGGAGCGGCGGCGGCGGUGACAGCGACGGGGAGCUGGUGGCCGGGGACUACGACGAGGGCCUCGAGGCCGAGGGGAGCGACGAGGUGGUCUCCAGGCGCGAGCAGACCUUCGCGGUUUUAAGCGAAGAAGAUAUCUCUGGACGUCAAGAAGAAGAUAUAAGCAAAGUAUCUUCCGUGUUAUCAAUUAAAAGGGAAGAGGCAUGUGUUCUCCUUCAUCAUUAUAAAUGGAACAUCAGCAAGUUGAGUGAUGAAUGGUUUGCAGAUGAAGAAAAAGUCCGCCAUACUGUUGGCUUACUUUUGAAUGGAAAUGACCGUCCUCACUUGAGGAAGCUAACUUGUGGAAUAUGUUUUGAAGGGUAUUCUUCUGAUAUGAUGAGCUCUGCUGGUUGUGCUCAUUUUUAUUGCCAUGAAUGUUGGGAAGGCUAUAUUAGCGCUGCAAUAAGUGGUGGUCCAGGAUGUUUAUCGUUGCGGUGUCCUGAUCCAUCAUGUGGUUCUAUGGUUCUUCAAGGGAUGGUUAAUAAAUUAGCCAAAGAUGAGGAUAAAGAAAAAUAUGCACGAUUUCUCUUACGUGCAUAUGUUGAAGGUAGCAAGAUGACUAAAUGGUGUCCAGCUCCUGACUGUACAUGUGCCGUGGAGUUUGUUGGUGACGAGAACUACGAUGUCUUAUGCAAUUGCAAGUUCAGCUUUUGCUGGAAUUGCACCGAGGAAGCUCAUCGACCAGUGAAUUGUGAGACUGUUUCUAAGUGGAUAUUGAAGAACAGCGCAGAAUCUGAAAACAUGAACUGGAUACUGGCUAAUUCUAAGCCUUGUCCAAAAUGCAAACGGCCAAUAGAGAAAAACCAGGGAUGCAUGCAUAUGACUUGCACCCCUCCUUGCAAAUUCGAGUUUUGCUGGUUAUGUCUGGGUGCAUGGUCAGAUCAUGGAGAGAGAACUGGUGGCUUUUAUGCCUGCAAUCGUUACGAAUCAGCGAAGAAAGAGGGAGUUUAUGAUGAGACUGAAGCAAGGAGGGAAAGAGCUAAAAACUCUCUUGAGCGAUAUAUGCAUUACUAUGAGCGCUGGGCAUCCAAUCAGACAUCGAGGCAGAAGGCCCAAGCGGAUCUGCACAAAGCGGAAAAGGAACAACUUGCAAAGUUAACUGACAUUUUUGGGAUACCAGAGACCCAGCUGAAGUUCAUAAUUGAAGCUUGGUCACAGAUUAUAGAAUGCAGGCGAGUGCUGAAAUGGACAUAUGCUUAUGGCUACUAUCUAGAUGAUAAGGUCAAGAGUGAAUUUUUCGAGUACCUCCAAGGUGAAGCUGAGUCUGGUUUGGAACGUCUCCAUCAAUGUGCUGAGAAAGAUUUGCAAGCAUUUUUGCCUUCUUCGAAACCUGAUAGCAACGAAACUACGACACCAUCAGUGGCGGAAUUUGGCGAUUUCCGCGUAAAGCUUGCUGGGCUCACAAGUGUUACUCGGAAUUACUUUGAGAACCUUGUUCAAGCUUUGGAAGCUGGGUUGGAGGAUGUCCGUUCUACUGGCCAGGCAGCUGGUACAUCCAGCACGGCCACCAGUUCCAAGAAAGGUGGAACUAAAUCCAAGAAGAAGCAGCACUCUAAACCAUCAUCUGACCACACUGAUGACAGCUGGCCCUGCGAGCGCUGCACAUAUCUUAACCUUCCUUCGGUGGAUGCGUGCAGUGUCUGCGAAAAAAGUAGGUACUAGAUGAGAGAAUAGCUCGAGGGAGCCCCCUCAAGAAAAUCUCAAAGCUCAUGAGACAGAGGGGCGCUUUCCAUCCUGCAUUGGAUGCCAUGAAGUUGAGCUUCCAGCAGUUGCGAUGGUGUACAGGGAGUCAUCGAAGGGCCUAGGUUGCAAAUGCAGUGGAGGCUGAAAAAUCGUUACAUGUGUGUUGGGGUCCAUUUGGUUUGCUAGUCUGUGUCUGUUGUUCCUUGUAAAUAUUAGUUGUGAAGUGUAAUCUGUGUCUAUGUGGUGGUGGGUUUUGCCUCUGACCGACCUGUGAAACUAAACUUGGAGGUAGCUCUAUUUAUUCCCACAAAAUAUUCCAGGGUCCUUGUAUUUGCAUCUAAGGACUUGACUAUGGUUACUUACCUAGACUGCUAGUGUAUAUUACCACGCCUAGCAUCAUGUUAUCUGUGUGUGCUCUAAAAGAUGGCAAAAACUGUAACCUCGAUGGUAUGCUCACUUCCAGUUCCCAGAUCCUGUGAAAGUUUGUUUUCAUCA